UUUCUUCUGUGGUACAUUGAUUACAACAGAAUUCAUAUUGUCUGGAAUCUGAAUUGUGUAGCUGUGUAGUUUGAGACUUAUUCUACAAUGUUGUUGGGUUGAAAUCUUUUGCAAGGACUGAAUUAGAAGUUUCCUUGGUUACCAAAGAUUAACGUGUCACCAUGGCCACAGAGAGAACAUCACCUGUCCAAAAGGAUAACAGCCAGAUGAAUGUGUUCGGGAGGCUCUUUGAACUCCCAGUGGUGAGCUCCACAUACAGCCUCAUCCAGAAGACCUACUCGAGCACCAAGCAGACCCACCCCAUCGUCUGCACCGUCUGUGAAGUGUACGAGAAGGGAGCCAAGACUGCCACCAGCCUCGCCGUGUGGAGCAUGCAGCCCGCCCUCCACAGGCUGGAGCCUCAGAUCAUAGCUGUCAAUAACCUUGCCUGUAAAGGACUGGAUCGCUUGGAGGACAAGAUCCCAGCACUGCAGUACCCUCCUGAGAAGCUUGCCUCGGGUAUUGCACAGGUGGUUACGAACACAGUUACAACGGCGAAGAAUGGCAUCACCAGCCCUAUCGCCAGCACCUCUGACCGGGCGCUCCACCUGGCAGCGAGCGGCUAUGAGCAGACAGCGAACAUGGUGACGGGCACCAUCGACUACAUUCUCAACACCAGGCCGGCAAAGCUGGCCGCGGAGGGAAUGGACUCUGCUCUAACCACCACCGAAAAGCUGGUCAACUACAUCCUGCCGGAGUCACAGGAGGAACAAGCCAAGGAUGCAUGCAAGAGCCAGGGGUUGGAUGUCGCGAAGCCUGUCUCUAAGCUGAACAGCUACAGGAGGCUGGGGACCCUGGCCAGCACUGUGUGCAGACGUGCCUACGAGCAGACCGCUAAUAAACUGCACCAGACCAGGACGCAGGGACAGGAGCUGGUCAUGUGGAUACCCGGCGUAUCCCCCUUGACUGGUUUAGCCCUGAAAAACCUGGAGGUGGCAGGCAGCAUUCUGCAGAGUGCCCAGAGCUCGGUGUCGGGGUUGCUGUGGAGCUGGCAGGGAGGGCAGAGUACCAAGGACCAGAGGAAGAAAGAGGGAGAGCCGCUGGAGAGCAGUGAGGCUCUAAGCGUGGUUACCAAUCUAGGACAGCAGCUGCAGAGCGCCUAUGUGUCUGUGAUCUCCAGCGUGGAAGGCAUGCCUGCAACAUUAUGGAAGAUGGUGGGGGAUCUGAGACAAAUCACCCCCAGUCAGGCAGUCUCUCUGGUCAAGGACAGGGCGUCUUCACUGGGAGAAACCCUGAGCACACUCAGGGACCAGGUUGUGAAGAACUUGUCCUACUAUAUCCUACUGCCUGGAUUGUCCAUCAAGGAGAAAGAAGACGACGAGUGUCAAAACCAAGACAAUGACAAGGAAAGCCCCUCCGCCAGCCCAACAGCCAGGAGGGAAGAGACUGGAGGAGAGCAGGGGAACAAAUUGGCUCCAGGCAGGCAGUCCCAGGCCGGGCGAGAGGACAGCGCGACGCCCGGCAUCUCAGACACCUCAAAGCUGCUGCAGCAGAAGGUCCUGGAACAGAUCCCAGUCCAGCAGAGGAUCCUACUGGGAGGCUCGAGGGCCGAUUCCGACACCCGCAGCCCUCGGGGGUCAGGUUCCUACAGGGAGACCAGCAGCAGCAGCAAGAAGGGAGAGAAGCCCCAAUCGGAAGUGAGGACCUCCACCUACACGCGAUCCGUCCACAGCAGCGCCUAUUCCACUGUUAAAAAGGACUGACUAUCUUCACAAGGGGGUUUGGUUUCUGUGCUGGCUGGGGGUGAGAGGGUGGGGAAGGGGUACAUUGAAAAAGCCAGCCCCAUAUCUAACCUCCAGCUAAAAACACCCACCUCCAUGUAUAAUCUUUCCAUGUCAAGUUUUUUUUAUUUUCAACUGCACGUUUUCAGCCAUGUUCUAAACACCAGAUGGUCAUGUGACAUUUCUUACAGUAUAUAAUAAGGGCGAAAAGUAGUGCCAUUGCGUUCGCUUAGGCAAAAACACUGUCUCUGUACUAGUUUGUGUUUGCGGGGCAGUGUCUGUAGGUUUUUGUUCUGUAGAUGCACAGUGUAGUAAAAGAGCCACUCUCUUCUUUCCAGACACUGGACUGGUGUGCAGUGUUUGAAGGGCGUGGGAGGAUUACUGUAACCUUUUAACAGAGGACAGCCGGAGCCAUACCAAGAGGGAGUUAGUUUACAAGUGACAUGAGAGCAGAGGUCAGAAUAUGCAGAAGUUUUUAGAAAUAGCUGUUCAUACAAACAUUGAGCAGCGACAUGGGGAAAACAGAACUGGUAUGUUAACACUGUGUCACAUGGCUUGAAUCUAAAAGUGGCUCAAAAGAAAUAAUUCAAACCGGAAUCAUUUAGAGGUCAAUUUUACUUUAUAUACCUUUUCUAGUGAAAACUGGGCUUUCGUGCGCUUGACGCAAUGCAGCAGCAGGUUUAAAUGAGACGAUGGGGUGUGAGGCUGUGGGAGACUGAAUUGGGUGCAGAAAGAUGCACCAUGGGGUAAAGAAACUAAAUGAAUACAGGGAGUAAGACUUGGAAGGCUUUGAACGUUUUGUGCAGGAUAGUGGGAAGCUGAAGAUAUGCCAAAGACAGAGGUGCAAACCCUAUCUGUCUGUCUGCCAGGAGCAUGUAUUUCUGUAAAGAGUUCAUAGACAGGUGUGGAGUCAUGUGUACUUCUAGAAUGUCUGCUGUGUCUUUCCAUGAGACAGCUGAGCGUUGAGCAAGUUAAACGAACACUCUCAUUCGCUAACACACUGCACACAGACAGCAUAGAAUCAUUUAGGAAGCAAAGUCUGCAGUUUACAUAGCAAACUAUUUACAAGCUUUGUUCUGUUUUAUACAUGAAUUUCUGUUGAGAGUAUGCAGAUCAGAACUAGAGCGUGAGGUGCCAUUCAUGUUGUGAUAGACACAGUAUACAGUAUAUAUUGUUUUUGCAUUUUUAUACCAUCGUGUGAACAGCUGCAAUAUGUUCCUGUGAUUUUAUUUCAUGCUUUGGAAAGACCAUGUUAAUGAAACCCGCUCAAAGACAGCAAAGAUUGUAAACAAAUACAGCAGAAACUAUAAGGAUUUAUACCGCAACUGAGAUUUAAAAACCAAGGAGAACUGCUUUUACUAUAAUUAGCUUGGAAAUGAGUCGGACAAUUUUCCUGUCAGGGGAUUCAUUUAGGUCUUUUUUCACUUUAAUUACCAGCUUUUUUCGAGUGCACAUAUAAUUAUGUCUGCAUUGGGUUGUAAGUCACAAUCAGAUAUUUUAACAAAUAUAUGAACUGGUUUUCUCAUUCACAGUUAUUAAUCCUGCAAUGAGGCGUAAACAUGUCUGUAUUUUUGCAGUUUCUUUCACAGAAAUUAAAAGGCAUUGCAUUGUUCUGUUUCUUUUGCGAUUUGCUUACACUAUAUUUUACUCAAUAAAACAAUAAAGUACGUUAUAAUCAG